CGUAAUAGACAGUUGUCAUUUUCUUCUAUAUUCUUCUUCUCUCCUCUUCGUUGACCCGAUGGUGUUCAGAUCGCAGCUAGAGCUCUUUCCCGCCCAUCUCCUCCUGUCCCGCAUGCUGUUACUGGAGGAGCCCCCCGCAUGCGCAUCUGCCUCUGGUCUCCCUGGGCUCCGCUUCUCUGCAGCGCAGGUGUGUGUGUGUGUUUAUUUGUUUGUGGUGGGUGUAUGUCUUACUGUUGGAGAUGACAGUUGUUGUUGUUCUUGUCAGGUGGCCGGUGUGUGUGAGACUCUGGAGGAGACCGGGGAUGUCGAGCGGCUCGCGCGGUUCCUGUGGUCCCUGCCGGUGGCCCCAGGUGGCGCGUGCUUCAUCGCCGAGCAUGAGUCCGUCCGGAGGGCGCGUGCCGUGGUCGCCUUUCACACCGGGAACUACCGCGAACUCUACUGCAUCCUGGAGAACCACAGCUUUACGCGCCGCGCCUCGCACGUUAAACUACAGGCCAUGUGGCUCGAGGCACACUACCGGGAGGCUGAGAGGCUGCGCGGGCGGUCGCUGGGCCCGGUGGACAAGUACCGUAUCAGGAAGAAAUUCCCUUUACCAAGAACCAUCUGGGACGGUGAGACGAAGACACACUGCUUCAAGGUUUGUUCGUUUUAUUGGUGAUUAUUGGUGUUUAAUAUUCACCAGGCUAUGGCUAUUCUGGAGCUGUAGCCCAAUUCUACACUUUAAUUGCUAUGGAUAGCCUACAUUUCAUUUCGAUGUAUUUACCUGUUGUUUGGAUUACAUGUUUUUUUUCUUCCAUAAAUAACCUACAGUUUAUGAUAAUGACAGUGAUGAUGAUGAUGAUGAUGAUGAUGAUGAUGUUGAUGAUAACGAUGAUAAUUUCCAGGAGCGGACGCGGGGCCUGCUGAGGGAACGAUACCUCCAGGACCCCUACCCAGACCCCGCGAGGAAACGGGAGCUGGCGCGCGCCACCGGGCUCACUCCAACACAGGUCGGGAACUGGUUCAAGAACCGGAGACAGAGAGACCGCGCGGCCGCCAACAAGAACAGGUUAAUACAAUAAAUAAAUAAACGUGAUUAUAUCAUAACCCACAACUUCUGUUCAGGGAGAAUUCCAUGUAGGCUAAUGUAUAAAAAUAGACGGGAAAUCUGAUUCUGCAAAGUAAACCCAAAUGGAAAGCUUUGGAUUUUACAUGAGUUUUGGAUAAACAUCUUGGAUGACUUUUACCUCUUUUGCAACAAUUGCACUAAGUUUGUGUCUAGGUCUAUAAACAUUUGGGUGGUGAACUGGUGAUGUCAUGGGUAAUAAAACAAUUGUUGUGUUAUUUCCCAGGCUUGCGCACCACGGUAUGCGACCGGGUGCCAUGCUCGCUCUGGCCAGGAAAGAAUGCAGCCCCACCAGAAGUGCAUGCAGCCCGGAGAUGAUCCUCUCGGUAAUGGACAGCGACUCAGACUUUGACAUCUGAAACUCAGCCCACUGAUAACGGGUUGCAUGCUACUAAGGGGCCGGGAAAUCACGGAGAAUUCCGGAUAUUUUUUAGAUUGUAUUACCAUUUUUGGCCAACAAGCUAGGUUAUAUUUCACCUAGCCACGUUUGCAUCAGGAUGCACUGAAGCCACAUCUCCAACAGCACGCAAUGGACAUAUUUCUUUCUUUAUUUUUGUUAUGUUAUAAGAGUUUGCUGUCUGAAACAGGCCUACAUGAUAUUUACAAUGUGCAGAACAUCCAUCUCUUUAUUUCGCUUUCUCUGUCUCUUCUGAUGCUUUUCUGACAAUCAUGGUGUCUAGUGCACCUUCCCUGUCUGUCUGUCUGUCUGUCU